GACCGGCAGUGACCUGCAGGGAGCUUCCCAACUGUGGGCGUUUUUCCCUGAAUCUUGGCUCCGGAGUUUUUUUAUUCUGGGUGUUCUCUGUUUGCUUUACAACUCUGGAGUUUCAUUAGGGUGUUGCCGGGAAGGAGCAGGAUCAUUUCUGGUGCAACCAAACUCCUUCUCCCUUUGAACCGCAGUCUAGGUCCGUUCACUUUGUUCAGGGUUUACUUUUCAGGCGACAAGUACCCGGUUCAUUUUAGCCACUAAGCUAAGCUAAGCUAACCGAGCUGCUGCUGCUGUAACGCCUGGAGAGUCGUCAGAUGCAGGCCAUAAAGUGUGUGGUAGUAGGGGACGGGGCUGUUGGCAAAACAUGCCUGCUCAUCAGCUACACUACCAAUGCCUUCCCUGGAGAGUACAUCCCCACAGUCUUUGACAACUACUCUGCCAAUGUGAUGGUGGAUGGGAAACCAGUGAACCUGGGUCUGUGGGACACAGCCGGGCAGGAGGACUACGACAGGCUCAGGCCACUGUCUUACCCACAGACAGACGUGUUCCUGAUCUGCUUUUCAGUCGUCAGCCCGGCUUCCUUUGAAAACGUCCGUGCCAAGUGGCACUAUGAGGUGAAACACCACUGCCCCAACACGCCCGUAAUCCUGGUGGGCACCAAGCUGGACCUGAGAGAAGACGAGGACACUAUCGAAAAGCUCAGAGAGAAGAAACUCUCGCCCAUCCUCUACCCACAGGGCUUGGCCAUGGCUAAGGACAUAAGUGCAGUAAAAUAUCUGGAGUGCUCAGCUCUGACGCAGCGCGGCCUUAAGACAGUCUUCGACGAAGCCAUCAGGGCGGUCCUGUGCCCCCCGCCUGUCAAGAAGAGGAGGAGGAAGUGCACACUGUUGUAAAGGAGAACCACGGGAAGCAGAACGAAACAGUCGGUGUCUGAACUCGCCUACUCGGGGGGAACGAGAUGAUAGCAGGGUUCCCCCAAAUACCUGUUCACCCCGUGUCCUUGCUUUACUUAGAAGCUUUGGUAGUUCAGACGUCCGCCUGAAAGACGCCUCAGAUUUAAGCAGCGCAGACGUGUCUCUGUGAGCUGCCUACAUCUGUUCAGUCCUUUCAGACUGACAGGAAUGAAGUGAUUUUGUUAAGGCCUUGGGGAAUAGGAGGGUGGGUUUGAUGUAGGAUCAGGGGUUCAUUAGGGAGGAUUUUAUGAAACAACAUGCAUGUAAUUUUUUUAUCUGAUCUUGUGAAGAAACACUACUUGAAUUUAUCAUAAAACAACGAUAGAUUUAACUCUAUAAAAGAAGGAGAUCCUGCACACUAAGAGAUUCCUGCUGCCUUGAAGAAAUUUCACUUGAGAAAAAAAAUCGAUUUUUCCUUUUACCGAUUGUCAGUUUCUUGUGAAAUAUUUGCUGACAGACCGUUUUGUUUACAUCUGACUAGACUGAGGUUCAGUUUGUAGUAUGAAAAUGUUCUUUCUUUUUAAUUUUGUUUGAACUUGUGCGACAUAUCAUACUGCAGUCACGAGUAAACGCUUUAACCUUUAAAUAUAACAAGUGUAGGAGCUGCUGAGGCGUAAUAAUAACUGAAGUACAUGGAGUGAGCAUUUUAAGGAGCCUCCACCAGAUUUUUUUUAACGUAACGCUUUUUCCUCACUAUGUGUUUAGUGAACAAAGUAUUUUAUAACUAACUUCUGGACAUGUGAAGGAACUGUGCAGCCAUUUUUGUCCAUUCUUUCUUUAUCCAUUAAGUUUAUCCAUCAUUUUAAUUGUGCUCAGAACGUUUUUGGACAUUUUGUUCAGUGUGUGAUGCUCAUGUUGUCAUAGAGCUGUUGAAGGUAACUUCCUUCUCUUGGCUCCAUCUGUUACUGUGUUUUAUGAAGUCUAUGAGCCAGUCUGGUGACAUCUGAAGAACUUCUUUUCAUGCGUUUGUUGUACAACACGAUACCUUCACAGGUAUGAUAUACACGUCAAUGUGAGCAGCGAUCAAAUAGCAUGGUUGCCGCGGUGAACCACUAACUCUGAGCUCAUCAUUUUAUCAGUGUUUCAGUGGUGAAACAGAGGAAACAUACUCUAAUUGUCUUUCUUACUAAAUGUGGUUUAAUUUUCACAUAGUAAUAUGCAUUUUUUUAAGCAAAUACAUUCACUGAAAAUCCC